GUUUUUUCCAGACGAGCUCUUCUUUCCCUUUUUUUCCUAUAAAAAAUAUACAGUAAUGGCCGCUGAGGAACAGCAAAGUCGAUCGAUCUAUGUCGGUAAUCUAGACUCUAGAGUAAGCGAUCAGCAGGUACAAGAUGUCUUUGCCAGUGUCGGCCCGGUGGAAUCAAUAAAAAUAAUGUCGCCUCGCAAACAUACAAACUAUCAAUACGGUCAGCAAGCGGGUUUCAACUAUGGGUUUAUUGAAUAUGCCGAUUCUGCCUCAGCUGAAAAAGCCAUAAAUGAAUUCAACGGCAAGAAAGUGUUUAAUCAUGAGCUUAAGGUCAAUUGGGCUCAAGGAUCAACUCCAGGAGGAGCAAAAGAAGACACAUCAAAUCACUUUCAUAUAUUCGUUGGUGAUCUCGCUCCUGAAAUCAAUGACGAAGCUUUGACUGCAGCAUUUGGCAACUUUGGACCAUUGACCGAUGCCCAUGUUAUGUGGGAUCAAUUAUCGGGCAAAUCUCGAGGAUUUGGCUUUGUAGUCUACAAAGAAAAGGCAGACGCCGAAAAAGCACUUGCUGGCAUGAACGGCCAAUGGUUGGGAUCUCGUGCUAUUCGUUGCAACUGGGCAAAUCAGAAAGGCCAAACUGCUACACCUGCCCCAAUACCUGGUCAGGUCUUACCGAUCGAGACCGUGAUGAGUCAGGCUCCAGCAUAUGUCACAACCGUCUAUGUUGGCAAUCUUCCCCCAAAUUUGACCCAGGAAGAAAUUGCACCUAUCUUUGGUCAGUUUGGUAUUGUUCAUGAGAUCAAAAUGCAGGCAGACCGCGGUUUCGCUUUCGUCAAACUUGACAGUCACGAAGGUGCUGCUAAUGCUAUUGUUCAGCUGCAAGGUGCCAACAUGGGAGGUCGCCCUGUGAAGCUUUCGUGGGGCAAGAAUCGCUCUCAAGAUAAUAACAAUUGGCAGCAGUACCCUAUGGCAGGUUACCAGCAAAACCAGCAGCAUAACAUGCGUCGCCACCAUCAACCAUACCGAGGGGGUCCAUAUAACAUGAACUCAUUCCCCAAGGUUGGCGGCGGUCGUGGUGCUGGUGGCAUGGAUCCUCAAAUGUUUGGCAACUGGCCCGACCAACGUCAGUGAUCGAGUAAAGUUUACAUUAUAUUGAAU